UUACGCAUUGAAACUGUAAAUCUGGGUGUUAUUUUUCGAUUGAGUUCAAUAUAAUGGUGAAGCACUGUUCGUAUGGGACAUGUAAAUCGGAUAGCAGGUAUCCAGAGAAACUUAUGGGAGCAAAAUUCAUCCCAUUUCCGAAGCCAAAGUCUGAUUUGGAGAAAUGUUUACGAUGGAUAUCAUGCUGUCGAAGACCACAUGCCCAGCUUAACGUUGACAAAAUUACGAAGCAUACAUAUGUGUGUUCUAAGCAUUUCAUUUCAUUGGAUGGCCCUUCAGAUGAAUACCCAGAUCCGUGUGAUGCCCAGACUGGUGAACUGCACAGAGCAAGGCGAAAGAUCAUAUACUUGUCUCAACAGUCAAAAUCAGAUGAUUUAAACAGCAAGACCAGUAGUACCAGUACUGAUGAUUCACCAUACUCUCAAGCAAUGGAAUGCUGUUUAACAACACAGACAACUUCAAAUCCUGUCAUAGAUUCCUCAUGCCAAACAGAAGAAGAAUUAUUUUCAUCUAUGGAUGUGCUUUCAUGGGUUGCACAAGUUAGAAAACUGGAGGAAGAAAAUGACAGGUUGCGACAGGAAAUCAGACAGAGAGGGAAAAGUUCUGAUGCUGCUUGCCAAACAGAGAAAGAUACAAUUUUCACUGCUGAAGAAGUUUCAAAGUCAAAGAUCAAAAACUUUGGCGUAGCUAGACCAGAAACGAAGUGCAUGCUUAAAAUGGCAGGGGGUCUGGAGCUCAUGGAUUCUGACGAUUUUAACACUAAAAAUCAUCGCAGAAAUUGA